UGUACUUUGCACAUCAAUAAGCAUGACCUUGCUGCCACUGGCAGCCGAACGCCGGGCUACGUUUCACUUCCCUCGAGCGUUAGGCUUCAGCGCACCAGUGAGUUCUGUGGUUUACCGAUAUUUGUAAACGUGCUUUCUCACUGGGAACACAGUGACCGCAGCUGUCGUGUGAAGUGUAUUUCUACCAAAUCACCUGCUAAUUGAUGUCGUUCAAGUCCAAGGAUUUCAAUCUCAAGCCAAAGAUAUUGCAGAUCCCCCUGACGGCACCUGUGAGCUCAGCGACUACCAUGAGCCCUGUCGUGCAGUCACCUCCUCCGACGCUCAUUGAAUUCGUGACCACCGUUCCGAUACCACUUGCUUCAGAGCUAGUCGCCCUCGCGCCAUAUAUUCAGGCCAUAAGGCACUUUGCACAGAUUAUCAGUUGGGAGUCUUCAUGGGAGGAAAGCUGGCUUGCUCUAGCUGCAUGGUGGGCGUUCUGCUUGCUCUCCGAACCGACCCUGAGGUUCUUCUUACCGCUUGCAGUUUCAUUCGUUCUCACACUGAGACGGUGGACAUCAUCCACUCACACACCUUCGGCAACCUCACCGCCGGUGAUAACCGACAGCACCCUUCACGCCCUCGUAUCCGAUUUAACGACCAUCCACGCACUGCUUCCCGUAUCACCUCUCGUCGAGUCCCCCCUCCCUCCGUCGUUCAUUGUUCUCCGAGUACUCGCAUUCAUCUAUCUACCCUACCUCGUCCUCACAUCUUUCGUUGGUCUCCGUGUGUGUAUUGCGAUAUGCGGCACCCUAUUCAUGGUUCAUAGAGCGCAUUGGGCCAAACAUGCUCGAGCAUCCAUUACACGCAGCGCACAUAUCCGAUGGGCAUUUUACAGGUUAUGCGCACUUGUUUCAGGGGUGUCGCUCCCACCGCCAGCAUCGCCCUCUCCCUUGGAAGCUUCUACCAAGAUACGCCCGGCUUCUGUAUUAUCGGAUCAUACGCCCAAGCCUUCUCCACCUAUUCGCUUCCUCUUUACAGUCUACGAGAAUCAGCGUUGGUGGAUGGGUCUCGAUUGGACAGCUGCCCUACUUCCUAAUGAGCGCCCAUCAUGGUGCAGCUCCUCCCUAGUUCCGUUAUCCCCACCCUCAGUAUUCCCUCUUCCCGCCUCCACAACAGCGUACGUCGCUGUCGGCAAGAAUGGCCGUGCGAAGCGUGUAGCGCGCUGGACAUGGGAAGAGCCUGAAUGGCGUGUUAUCGUGCGUAAAGAGGGUCAGGGGGGUGUCUGGCGUGUGGAGAAAACACCCCCAAGGGAUAAAGACGGACCUGACGAAUCUACUGGAACUGCAGCACGGAUGCUACGCGCCGCACGCGGCCGGGACAACUCUAACGCGAGCUCCAGUGGCCCUGCCGAGUCGCCCGAGCGGACUGGAGAGCAACAUUCCAGCGAUCCGUUCCUCGAUCCCGCAUCUGAAGACGAAGCCGUUACAGAUCCCGAGGGUUGGUUGUACGGUGACAACAAAUGGGAAGGCGCAAGCUCGAAGGGUGGGAUGGGAAAGUACACGCGCUUUCGGCGAUGGACUCGCAUUGCUGUUCUCUCUGAGAUCGUCGAACUUGUGGGUCCAGGUGAUUUGGGCGUUGUGCGCGAUUCUGGGGAGCUCGGCGGAUAUGCGACUGCCGCGAGCUCUAUUUUUGGCAGUACUGGUACCCCGUCCAUAAGUGCCAACUCGCCAACAUUAAGCUCGUUCUCGGAUUUAGAAAUGCAGAGUACCGUGACAGCGCCAGAGCCGUCGAAGGAUGGAAAAGAUGUAAAGGAUGGAGGCAGCGCAAGGAACAUGCUGAGACAGCGGCUGAAGGCUGUCGUGGAAGGAACGACGCAUUGAUAAUGAUCUUGUGUGUAAUAUUAAUUGUUUUCGUAGGAGUGUAUACAUUUAUGAGCGCUGUCCGCUAAUGGAAUAUUUCGUUUCACUAUC